CGAACAAGCGUGCGCGAAAACGGAAGUACGUAUAUGUGAUGUAUCUCACUUCCCCACAUUCCUCUUUGGACCGUUAAUUUUUCGUUCUUUUUAAAGUGCUUCUCUUUAGCAACACCCGGCGUUAAUAAUGCCUGAUUAUUAUGGUAUUUUCUUAAAGUAUCAUUGAAUCAUACACGUGUUUUGAUGGUUCUAGCCUUGGUUUCAUUUGUUAUUAAUGAAAAAGGCAAGUUCUGCUUGUCUCAGUAAGCUGACGUUAACAGUUGUUAACGCAGGGUUAGCUAACUCUGCUAGCGUAUGCUAUCUUAAAGUAACGAAGAAAACUGGCAUUAGAUGUUAAGUGUACAGUUUUUUCCUCGUGGACUUAAUUUAAUAGAGAGCAUUUUAAGUUGUCAAGCUAAGUGGAUUUUGAUUACGCUCGGAAGCUAAACGGUAAUCUCGGUUUAGCUUGGUUCGCUUCAAAUAGACAACUGCUGCCAUAAUGAUGGACUUUGACAAUAUCCUGGAUAUUGCCUCGCAAAACCAGGGUCUCAGCAAUGUACAGAAGAGGUACAGUUUACAAGCUGGACCACCCAAAAAGGACCCAAAGUCUAAAGGUGUAAAUCCUAGUGCUAUCCAGGCACUUCUGAAGAAGCAGUACAUGGAUAACACAAAGAAGGAAAUACAAAAGAAGAAAGAAAAGGAUGCGCUUUUAGCUAAGAGGGUUGAGUUAAAGUCGGACCGUAAAGCACGAGCCAUGGCUUCAAGAACUAAGGACAAUUUCAAAGGCUACAAUGGCAUCCCGGUGGUCGAGGUUCCUAAAAAGAGGGGCCAGAAAUUAGAUAUGCAGCAAAGUAGUUCAAAGGAUACUGAAAGAUUUAAUUAUAAUUCAUAUGACCCACUAGAUGAUGAAGAUAAUUAUGAGUAUGAGCAGACAGAUUCAGAGCCAGAGGAGGAGCCAGAGCCUUCGAGACCAGGUAGAACCACAGGUACUAGUGGAAGCAAUAGUAGUAGCAAAUUACUUUCUAAAAAACACAGUGGGCCACCCAAAUCUGCGCCAUCUCCUCUGAACUUUGCUGACUUACUGAAGCUAGCAGAGAAGAAGCAGUUUGAGCCAGUUGAGCUAAAACCUAAGGUGGUGAAAAAUGAAGAACGACUCCGCACAGCUGAUGAGAUCCGAGAACUGGAGAUGGAGCGCAAGGCUAAGAGAACUGACAAAAAUAGAGACUCCAAGACAACUAAAGAAAGAGACAGCAAGCCUCAGUCUAGCUCUAGUUUGGUUAGAAAAAGCGCACUCGAGAAGGAAAAAAAGCAGUGCAAACCACAAAAAAACUUUUUAGAGAAUCCCAGUGGCUUAGGCAAAAAGUCGCUCUCAACACUAACUAGCGAUAGAGGCCUUUCCUCUUCCAAGUCCUCUGUUAGUGAUAGAGAAAGGGAUAGAAUAAGGGUAACUCACAGUAAUAGAGAAAUUUCCAAUAUGAGCUUGUCUAACACAUCAGGUGCUGUCCUUAAUAAAUUCCAUUCAAAAGCCACAUCGUCUCAGGUUCCAGCCAAGCAAGGGGGCCCCAGGCCCUCAUCUAGCCACAAAUCCAGUGCCUCAAGUGACCUUAGCUUCAGAAAAGAAAGUUCAUCAUCACUUCAAAAAGGAACUUCAAGUAAUCCAGGAAACAGACCUUCUACUACAGCUGCAACAAGCCAAAAGUCUCAACAUCGGAACUCUCAACAAACCAGGCCCAGUCAGGGUAGCUCCUUCAAGCAAGGACCUACAGUUGGAAGUAUGAAGUCUAGUAAGGGAGAAUCAUUAAGGCCUGGAUUUAAUUCUACUGGAAAAUCAAGUGGGAAUCCAGCGAUGAGACCUUCUUCAGGUGGUCCUCCUAAAGCAGGAAACCAACCUCAGGGAAGGCCUCUAGGUGUGCCCCAGAAAAGACCUGUUAAUAUGCCACAGGUCAGGCCGGGGGGGAGUGGCCUACAGGGUCACCCUGGAGGUGGUGGAUCCCGACCGUCAGGCGCUGGACCAGGUAGACCUUGUAGCGGUGGACCAGUACCCGGACGGCCAGCUGGCAACUUUGGCUCAGGGCCUGGCAGACCCAAAUGCACUGUGGUAUCAGAAACCAUCUCAUCCAAGAAUGUUGGUGGGCCUAGACUGGGAGUCCCCCCUCGACCAGGCAUGCAACAGAGACCAGGAAUGGGGCCUAGACCGGGAAUGCCACCCAGACCUAUGAUGAACAGACCACCAGGACCAAUGUUACCACCCAUCACAUCUUCAUACAAGAGAAAAUAUGAGGAUGAGGAGGAGUACGAUUCUGAAAUGGAAGAUUUUAUUGACGAAGAAGGUGAUGAGCAAGAGGAAAUUUCCAGACACAUUAAGGAAAUCUUUGGUUAUGACCGAAACAAAUACAAAGAUGAAAGCGACUAUGCACUUAAGUUCAUGGAGAGCAGCUGGAAAGAUCUGCAAAAAGAGGAGUCCAGGAGCUUGAGAUUGGCUGUACAGGAAGAUCUGGAGGAAGAGCGAAGAGAGCAAGAGGAUCUGAAAAGGCAAUCCGCCAAGAGAAGAAAGCAUUAACUAAAACUUCAUUCCUGUUGCAAAUAAUAUGGUUUGUGUAAGGUGAAAGAUGGGAUUCUGGGCCUGCCAUGUUAAUACAUAAACCCAGUGACACUGCACACAAUGUUGCUUUCCUGUGAGUUUUUACUGUGUUUGGACAGAGGGUGUAAAAAGCUAAAUGAAAACAACUAAACCAAUACAACUUAUUCAGGCAUUAGAAAAUAGAAAGUUUUCAUGUUUUUCCCUGUUAUUUAUUAUCCACUUUGAAUGCUGGGUUUACAGCAGUCCUGGUAAAGAGUAGAGCUGUGGUAAUUGUAAAUAUGGAAGAGUGUAAUGGUAUAAAGUUUUUUUUUUUUUUCGAACACAGUCUCAAGUGGUAAUUUGUUAUUUUUAAACAGAAAAUGCAUGUUUUUCAAGCAAAUGGAUUGUAUAGUUAUAAAUAUGCAGAAAACCACUUGAUAUGUUGUUUACUUUUAAGAUUAUGACAAAAUAAUUUCAUAAAUGAUUUUAUUGAAUUCA